AUGGCCACUUUUCCCUUGACUCGCAGUAAUCUGCGAAUCCCGAUUUCCAGAGCUAUCUACCGCCCAGCCUCGAUACCUCACACAAGGCACCACACAACAUCCCAGAUACCACAGAAGUCAUCAUGGAAACACCCCACCUACACGGAGGAGCAAAUCACCGCCAUCGAACCCACCCACCGUAAGCCAGACACCUGGCAAGACCGAGUAGCUCUCCAAAAAGUCCGUUUACUACGCUGGGGCAUGGACUUGGCAACCGGAUAUCAAUCCUCAGGAUCGACAGCUAUAUCCAAGGACAGUAUGACGGAAGAAAAAUGGCUCCGGAGAUUUAUAUUCCUAGAAAGUGUCGCGGGUGUGCCAGGUAUGGUGGCCGGAAUGCUCCGUCAUCUAAAAAGCCUGAGGCAAAUGCGCAGAGACAACGGAUGGAUCGAAACCCUCCUCGAGGAAGCCUACAACGAACGAAUGCACCUCCUCACAUUCCUCCAACUAGCCCGACCAACUCCCCUAAUGCGUUCCAUGGUCCUAGGCGCCCAAUGCGUUUUCUUCACCGGCUUCUCAGUCGCGUAUCUUAUCUCCCCACAGAUCUGUCAUCGCUGUGUGGGGUAUCUAGAGGAAGAAGCUGUUAUUACCUACAGCAAGGCGAUUCGUGAUCUCGAUACCGGACGACUUCCACGGUGGGAAUCGCUCCGCGCACCGGAUAUGGCCGUGAGGUAUUGGGAGAUGCCUGUUGAUCGGCGGUGUAUGAGGUCUUUAUUGCUUUAUGUGAGGGCCGAUGAGGCGAAGCAUUGUGAGGUCAAUCAUACCCUUGGAAAUUUGGAUCAGAAUUUUGAUAUAAAUCCAUUCUCUGUUAGGGUUGAGCAGCUUAGAGGAGGUGAGGUGAAGGCUGAGCCAUGA